CUGUUCCCGUUUUUGCCCCUUCCCCUUCGUUGCGAAGGUUUCGUCCGCUCAGAGAAGUGCCCAUUUUCAGUCCGUUUCGAACCAGCUGGUUGGGGGGCAGCCAUGGAAGAUCUGCAUUCAUUGUUAGACAUGCGUGGGGGGCCGUCGAUUUUUGUUUGGGAGGUGCGCUGCAAAUCCAGCCGCACUUUUAGUCUUUGUCUCACAGAUUUGUGGUCGGGAUAUUUCUCAUCCUUUCUACAGCCUUCGACUCAGACUUCCAUCUUUCUUGCUUGCGAAUUUUUGCAUCCUUUGUCUUCAGGUUCUUGGGUAAUCCCUAAUGCUUUAUUUAUUUAUUUUUUACGAAUUUGGGUUCAUUUAUUUGGUUACUUUGAUUUCAGGUUCUUGGGUAAUCCCUAAUGCUAUAUAAGAGGAGCUGAGGUUCUUGGGUAAUCCCUAAUGCUAUAUAGGAGGAGCUGAGGUAUUUAUAUUUCACAACAUAUUGGGUUCUAUCAGGAAGGGGAUUGAAUCUCACAGAUUAGCUCAGCUUGAAUACACCAAAAGGCAAGGGACUAGACAUUUGCAUUCUGCUGUCAUUUUCGAGGGUCAAGACCUCCAUCAAAGAGAAGAAAAAUCAUGAAGAAAUUGCAAAACAAAACUCGCCCAAUUAAACAGCAUGCUGCUCAAAACUAUCCAAAUUUUGCUAUUUUGAUGGCUACUUCCCACUAUUAACAUCUCAAUGUAUAUACAAACAAGUCUACUAUUUUAACGUAACAAGUAGCCUGUAAAAUAUGUUAUUACUUACUUUUUUGCAACUUAUACUCCCUUAGUUAAACAUAAUGCUGUAAGUUAAAUCUCAUUGUAUAUAUAAACAAUCUUACUUUGUCUACGCAAUUUCAAAACCCGCAGCAUCGAGCGGGCUUUUCUGCUAGUAUUUACUUAAAAAGGAAAGCUUGAGCUCCUUUUCCAAUUCCCAGUUCAGAAAGAAAAAAAUAUUUCUCAAUCUCUCAAGUCUCAAAUCUCAAGAAGCAAAUCCAAUGGCACACAAUAACCACACCCAUCUCCAUGGCCAAGACCUCCCAAAAGUUCUGCAACUUCUCCCAAACCCCUGCUUCGCUCUCGUGGAGGCCAACAACUCCCACAAGUUCCACUUCCUCAAAGCCUGGGCCUCUCCUCUCCCUCAAGACCAGUUCUUGGAAACGCACGCAGGCUCAGUGCAGGUCCUUCUGUCCUCCGCCAUUGGACCGCCCAUCACUGCCCAGAUCCUCCAUUUGCUGCCCUCCUUGAAGCUCCUCGUCACCAUCAGCGCAGGCCUCGACCAUGUCGACUUGGCCGAGUGUCGAGCGCGCGGCGUGGCCAUUGCCAGCGCCUCUAAGAUCUUCGCUGAGGACGUUGCUGACGUGGCCGUAGGGCUGCUUCUCGAUGUCAUGAGAAAUAUUUCGGCUUCCGAUCGGUUUGUCAGAGACGGGUUUUGGGUUAGCAAGUGUGAUUUUGCUCUGGGUUCUAAGAUAGGAGGCAAACGAGUUGGGAUUGUUGGAUUGGGGAACAUUGGCUUAGAAGUUGCUAAGAGACUUGAGGCCUUUGGUUGCAAUAUCUUGUAUAACUCAAGGAAGAAAAAACCAUUUGUUUCGUACCAUUUCUUUCCUGAUGUAUGUGAACUUGCAGCUAAUAGCGAUGUGCUUGUCAUUUGUUGUGGUUUGAAUGCUCAAACCCACCACAUGAUUAACAAGAAAGUCUUGUUGGCAUUGGGAAGAGAGGGGGUGAUUGUGAAUGUAGGACGUGGGGCUAUAAUUGACGAGAAGGAAAUGGUGCAGUGUUUGGUGCGAGGAGAGAUUGGAGGUGCUGGUUUGGAUGUGUUUGAGAAUGAGCCUCAUGUUCCUAAAGAGCUAUUUGCAUUGGAUAAUGUCGUACUGUCACCACAUCAAGCUGCCCUUACACCAGAAUGUUUCACGGCUUUGCGCGAACUGGUAAUAGGGAAUUUGGAAGCAUUCUUCUCAAACAAACCAUUGCUUUCUCAAGUGGAGAAUAAUUGAAAUAUAUUUAUAUUUUCAGGGUACAAAAAAUUGAUGAAAUUAAUGAGGGGAUGAAAGAAGACAAGGAUGAAGAACUGAUUGGUAUCGGAUACGGGCUUCCCCUGAAUCCUGUGUAUCAGCGGUACAUAGAUUAUUAUGAUUCAAUAAUUGUUGAAUUUUCAAUCUGAUUUUUGGCAGGGUUUCAUGCCUUAUUUAUUCAGUAUGCCCUUAGUCUUGUAGGAAACUGCUUGUAGCCUUGUAAUUAUUGAUAAAUAAAUCAGCUUCAGUGUUCGUCACCUAGCGCUCAAA